AUGAAAUUGGCCCUGGGCAGCCCCAGGCGCACAAUACCUCAGUUGAAUAAAAGGUAGGGGUAAGGCCAGGCGGUUUCCCUUAUUUUUGGCUCAAGGCUUGUUUGUAGUUACAUUUGUGCGCACACAAUCAAUCUCGUGUCACAAUGGCAAUCAUGCGCACGCAUCUAUGCUUCAGUACUUGGUCCCUACAACUGCUGCUGACAUUGGCAAGUCCUGCAUUCCGUGCUGAGCAGUACCCAGGCUAUGAAGUACGACAGGUGUUGCAAGAAGCAGGAGACUUUGUUAGAGCGGCUCAAGAAGCGUUGGGGAGACGAACAGAAGCUUUGCAGUCGCCAGAUGAGCCUUCACGUCCAAGCGUGCCGCACCGCUUCUCUUCGAACAUUACAUUCAUGUCCGGCGAUCUAGGAUUCCCCUCGCAAGGCUCUGGCUUGUUUGCGCAGGAUGCUGACCAGAAGGCAAUGAGAGUAGAAACAAUGCGACCUUUUGACUUGGUCGAAGGGUGGGUGACCAAUAUGACCACGUUGACUUUGGCCAACGCGUCAUAUGAUGUCACAGGUGGCAGUCUUCCAGUAUGCCGUCAGCUGGCCAUGUUGAGGGUGCAAAGAUUCUCCGAUCUCUUCUCUUGGGCAGCCAAUCCGCUUCUUUCAGAAUAUGGAGGGCAACAUCAGGUGGACGGGAGGCAGUGCUCCUUGUGGCAUCUUCAUGCCCAGAACCAAUCCAUGACUUUAUGUGCAAGUGGUGACUUUCCGGUUGAGCUGAACAUGAGCAUUUUCUUGAAGAGCAGCACAGGUGGCAGGAAAUUCAACACCACCUAUCGCUUUGGUCCAUUGAAUCUGGGGAGCGAGGUGCCGCAAUUUCUCUUCAGCAAGCCUUCCAUAUGUGGAAGCCUGGCUCCUGCUUGUGAGAAUGGCCGUGGUCUUGAACCCGUUCAGAUGGACGCUUAUGUUUUCCACCCCGGUUUGUCCGCUGCUGACUACAACCUUGAGGAUCAAAAUGUGGCAGACCUUGCGGGAGAUGCUCUCUUCAUUUGUAUGGAUCGCUUGCGAAGCCAGACGACCUCUUUCAUCGAUCACAACUACAGCUUGAUCUCACGCUACACUCUUCAAGUGUCUCCGGCCUUUGGGCAGUAUGGUUUGUGUAACGGCUACCCAGACACUCAACCUCCAGGCCCUUUUUGUGCUGGUGGAGAUCCGCGCUUGGUGGGAAAAGAAAGGCCUGGUUUUGUGGGCGAUGGUGAGGGCAGGUGUGCAGCGACAAGUCCUAUCGGCUUUUGGCUGGGGCUACCCAAGGCUGGUCAUUGCCCACCUGGCCAAUCACCAACGAAGGAUGCUUGGGUUGGUGGCUGCACGUGGUCUGUCCAGAAGCGUAUUAAAACAAUUCAGCAGACUUGCCUGCUGAAAGACCAUGACUAUUUGAAGUUUUGCAAGGCUGACUUUGUUGAGAAGAGAGGCUUCCCAAGGAGCAUGGCUGCCCUUGAGGCUGCGUUUGCUUCUGAGGAUCCCUCCAAGGGUGGGUGCAAGGAUGUGGGUGGACCUCAUGACCAGAGUGAGUCCACCUUUAUCGUUUGAAUGGCCCACUGAUGAGCCACUAUGAUCGGGCCACAUGUGCUAUGGAGAGCAGGACCGGCCCUCGCUCCUGCAACUCGAUGCACAGCUUAUGAUCCUUCAAAGUGAACGGCUUCCUGUCAUUCUGCUUGGGAAGUGACAAUGUGGAAGACAGACGCAGCAGCUGGCUGGGGCACUCUUUUGUGUCAAUAACGCUUGGAAUCAAGCUUUGACGUGGCAAGUUCAGUACAGUAUUUGCUCCAGCAUGUCCAGGUGGCACUAAAUGCAUGUGAAGGCAAUAUCCAGACCCUUGCAGUCUACAUUUUUAGGGUUACAAUCGUUGAUUUGUCGUUCAGAUCACUACUUAACUACUCAUGCCUUGAUAUGUCCUCUUCAAAGAGGACUCAUGGCGAGAUUCUCUUACAAACACAAAUUACUUGUGGGGUGGCUUCAUGUCAUGUGCGAGCAGGAGCAAAGCCAUUUCUGUUUGGACAAUGUUGAAUAUAUGCAGUGUGACGAAGGGUGUGGUACACCAAGACCUAGCAUCAGCACUUGUCAACUGUACUGACACCACAUAACGAAC